AAUAUUAAAACAAAGAUUUUCAUGACAAGAGUAGUUUGGGUCUUUCUGGUUCGUAAAACAAAGAAACAUUUCUCAUUUCCUCACUUUAUAGACUUAUGAAAAGGAACAUUUCUCAUAAAGCUAUAGGGGAGCAAAGCCAAACGGCAGUGUCUCACAGAAUCAGGAAGGAGGCGUGUCCAACGAGAUGUGACUAUGAUGUUUGACUAUGAUCAAAAUGUCAAUAAUACCAUUAAGAGAAAGAAUGAAAGAAAUAACACUGCUGUGGCUGCUCUUUGUGACCUUAUUACUGAUCUGCACAACAAACCAAGCUCAUCUCACUGUGAGCCCCAACCGAUCUCAGUUCUUCGAAGGAGACUUUGUGUCUCUGAGCUGUGAGGACAACAGCUCUACGAGAUGGAAUCUGACAAGAAACACAAGAAAACAACAGAGGACUCAGUGUGGAGUUCGGUGGGGAAUACCAGCUGGUUUUUCCUGUAACAUCAGUUAUGUCUUUCCACUGGACAGUGGAGUUUACUGGUGUGAGUCCAGAGAGGGUCCCAUCAGUAACAUGGUUAACCUGACAGUCACUGGUGGAUCAGUGAUCCUGCAGAGUCCUGUCCUCCCUGUGAUGGAGGGAGAUGACGUCACUCUGCUCUGUAAAACAAAGACCACUCCCUCCAACCUCCCAGCUGCUUUCAUCAAAGAUGGUGUCUUCAUUGGGAAAGAGCCUACAGGUCACAUGACCAUCCAGGAUGUUUCCAGGUCUGAUGAAGGCCUCUACAAGUGUGACAUCAGUGAUCAUGGAGAGUCUCCAUCCAGCUGGAUCACUGUCACAGGUAGACCUGCAAUCAAAGCUCCACUUCCUGCUUCAAAACCACCCAUAUCUUCCUUGAGCACAGUUUCAGUCCAGCCCACAUCUGGAGCUCCGCCCUCUGCCUCAAUACACUCACAGCUCACGCUGACCCUAGUCCGCUACCUGGUGGUGUUCUGCCCAUACUUUAUCUCCACUCUCCUCAUGGUGUCUUUAUAUUUAUCCAGAGCCAAUAAUCGAUAAUCAAUGACCUAAUAACCAAAUGAUUGGCAGCUGUUAAUUGUUUAAUUCUUUAAAUAGAAUAAAUCAAACUUUCUUUUCUGACCUUGCUGGACUCCAGGAAAUGCCUCCUGUGACAGUGAUGAUCCCACCUACACAGGCUUAAGAAGGAAUGGACCAGGAGAUUGAUGAUGUCACAAAGACAGAGGGAGUGUCAUGCCUAAUUUUUUACUCUGUGUUGCUUUUGUUGAAAUACUUUCAGAGCAAGUUCACAAAAGUUUUACUGUAGAUUUAUUUAUUCUCACUGGUCUGCUCAUCUCUGAUUAACACAGCAGAAGCAUGGAAGUCACAAAGUACUAUAUGACCCAUUAACACACUCUUAGUAUCAAACUUACCCUGCAUAAUGAUGCAGAUACUCUUUAAGGUUUGAUUUAAUGCUUUAGUGCUUUGCUCUCUGAUUGGUCUGCUGAUCUGGAAAGGCUCAUGCAUAGCUUUGUUUGAUUUAAAUUGGACUAUUGUUACACACUGUAUACCAGAGUUACUCAUUCAUCUUUUAUCCAUUUACAUUGACUGAGAGAAGAGAUCACAUUAUUACAGUGUCAGCAGGCUUGCACUAGAUCCCUGUGAAUUAUAGAAUUCAGUAUUAAGACGCUGUUUGCGUUUAAAGCCUAAAUGGUGUCAAACCUGCAUAUGUGGUAUAAAUAUUUUGUCUGUUUUCUCCCUCCAGAUCAUUAAGGUCUUCUUAAUCACUCCUGAUCAGCCUGCAGGUUAAGCUUUCAAAAGUGGGUGUUGUUGCUACUGUUGCACAGUCUCUUGACUCACCCCCCAGCUGACCUCAGAUAACAGUUUCAGUCUCAGCUAAAGACAAACCUAUUUCAGCCAUUGUGUUUUUAGACCUCUAAUUUCUGUAACUGUGAUUGGAGGAUUGGUUGUUGUUGGGUUAUUUCAUAUACAGACUGAAUAUGUAUAGUCUCUCUUUGGUUUUAAAUGUGUUAUAAAUGAAAUUUACUCACCAACUUACUAUUAGUUUGUUACUGUGUGUACCGGCUAGUCAGGGUUGUGUGCUAACCACAUCAUGGUUGGGGAAAUUAACAUGUUCAUAGACUAGAUAAAUAUGUUCAUAUUUUAUAAAUACUGUUUGUAUAUUUCUGUUUUCUUUAAAAAACACAGCAGACAGCUGUAGUUAAUAAGCUAAAACUCUAGAUUACUAUAGAUUGAGAUUGUGUGUUUUGAAGAGGGCUGUGGAGGUUUUUGUUGUCCUUUGGUUCCCUCUAGUGACUCAUGGAAAUAUAAGCAUGUCUCUUUUCCAGCAAAGCGUUUCAGGAAAUUUGUCCAUUUUAAUGUGUAAAAAGUUAGUUUGGUUCACAAAAUAAAAUCAUGGCU